AUGGCCACCCCGUCCCGCCCAAUUCCACAGCCUCGACUGCAACUGAAAGAAGAGCAAAAGCCUGAGCCUCCACGCAGCAAAGAAGCAAGGCACCGCCCGCUCGAGCUCUCCAGGCCUCCAAGCAUGUGCAAGGUGGUGAUCACGAUCCCGUCGCUCGUCAGGCUGCGCCGCACGCUGCGGCGGUGGCGGUCCCGCGCCGCGGAGGCGGCCUCAUCCUCAUCCUCCUCCUCGUCGGCGGCGGUGCCGGCAGGUCACGUUGCCGUGUCCGUGCAAGGCACGGCGCCGUCGUCGGGGCCGAGGCGGUUCGUGGUGCGGGUGGCGCACCUCAGCCACCCGGCGUUCCUGGAGCUGCUGCGGCAGGCGGAGGAGGAGUACGGCUUCCCGGCCGCCCCGGGCCCCAUCGCGCUCCCCUGUGACGAGGACCACUUCCUCGACGUCCUCCACCGUGUGUCCUCCUCGGCCUCCUCCUCCACCUGCUACUGUGGCCCGGUGGUCGCCCGGCGCGGGCGCGGCGAUGCGCGGCCGCUCCUCCAGGGCAUGGCCGUCGAGAAGCUCGUCUGGUGA